AUGCAAAGAAGAUUAUUGCAAACUACUGCUUUUUCUUUGCUUAAGAGAAGCAGAGGUGUAAGUUCCAUUAGAUUAAAUAUCUUGCCUGUUGCUAAGUAUUCUACAACUAAGUCUGUUCCUUUAACAGCCGAUACCUAUUCUAAAAAAAUUCAACGUGAUCCUAAAUACAAACAGCUUGAAGCUCUGGACUUGGAAUUUUUUAAAUCAGUUUUGCCAGAAAAUGCCAUCAUCACAGAUGAAGAUGAUUUGCUUUUCUAUAAUGAAGACUGGAUGAGAAAAUAUAGAGGUCAAUCAAAAUUGGUUUUGAAGCCUAAAACCACUGAAGAAGUUGCCAAAAUUUUAAAAUAUUGUAAUGAUAAUAAACUUGCUGUUGUUCCACAAGGUGGUAACACUGGUUUAGUUGGAGGUUCUAAUCCUGUUUUUGAUGAAAUUAUUAUAUCUUUGUCUUCCAUGAAUAAAAUCAGAUCUUUUGAUCCAGUCAGUGGUAUUUUGAAGGCUGAUGCUGGUGUCAUUUUGGAAACAGCUGAUCAAUACUUGGCUGAACAAGGUUAUAUUUUCCCACUUGAUUUGGGGGCCAAAGGUUCCUGUCAUAUUGGUGGUAAUGUUGCUUGUAAUGCUGGUGGUUUGCGUUUGUUGCGUUAUGGAUCAUUACAUGGUUCUGUAUUGGGAUUAGAAGCUGUCUUACCAGAUGGUACUAUUUACAACUCCAUGCACUCUUUGAGAAAAGACAAUACUGGUUACGACUUGAAACAAUUGUUUAUUGGUUCAGAAGGUACCUUGGGUAUUAUAACUGGUGUUUCUAUUUUAUGUCCAUCAAGACCACAAGCUCAAAACGUUGCAUUCUUGGCGGUUUCUAGUUAUGAAGCUGUUCAAAAAGUUUUUGUUCAAGCACGUAAAGAAUUGCAAGAAAUUUUAUCGGCCUUUGAAUUCAUGGAUAAUACUUCUCAAAAAUUGACUGCCAAACACUUGGGUUUAGAACAUCCAAUUGAAAGUGGUGAUUUCCCAUUCUAUGUAUUGAUUGAAACUUCUGGUUCUAGCAAAGAACAUGAUGAUGAAAAAUUGGAAACUUUCUUGGGUAACGCCAUGGAAGAAGGUUUGGUCGAAGAUGGUAUUAUUGCUCAAGAUGAAGCUCAAAUUCAAUCCUUAUGGUCAUGGAGAGAAUCUAUUCCUGAAGCUUCAACUAUUGGUGGUGGGGUUUACAAAUAUGAUGUUUCCAUUCCAUUGGCUGAUCUUUAUGGAUUGGUAGAAGAUGUUAAUGUUAGAUUGAGUGAAGCUGGCAUCGCAAGUUUGGAUGAUGAAUCAAAACCAGUUCUAGCUGCAUUGGGUUAUGGACAUAUUGGUGAUGGUAACUUACACUUGAAUGUUAGUGUUAGAAAAUACUCUCCAGAAGUCGAAUCUGUUUUAGAACCAUUCGUUUACGAAUGGAUUUCUGCUAAGCAUGGUUCAAUUUCUGCUGAGCAUGGGUUAGGUUUCCAAAAGAAAAACUACAUUGGUUAUUCUAAGAAUGAUAUUGAAAUUAAAUUGAUUAAAGAAAUCAAAAAUCAUUAUGAUCCAAAUGGUAUUAUGAACCCAUACAAGUAUAUAUAA